ACACAGACUGCCAGUCAGUCAGUCAAUCGACGAGUCAACCAGCUAGUCAGUCAGUCAGCCAUGCACUCAGUCAUGAUGAGCUCGAAAUAUCCGAAGGAGUGUGAGAAGAAACUGAAUGAGAUCAUCAAUGUGACACAGUCAGCGACAAUCACAUACGACUCGUUGGCUGCUCAGUGCAACACACACGAUCUCCGAAUGACAGGAUUCCACACAUUCUUCCAGCUCUGUGCUCGUCGUCAUCGAGCCAUUGGUCAGAAUCUGAUUGACUGGCAGACAACUCGUGGUGGCAAAUACACUCUCACAGACAUCCGACCACUCACCACCAUCACUCAGCUGAAGGACACACGUGACGAAAUCAAGUGGAUUGUGGAGAUGGCUGUGAAUGUGGAGAGGAUGUUGGAGGAGAAGUUGACUGAGAUGUGUGUGUUGUCACGAGAGAGGGGUGAUCUCGCCACCGAACAUCAUAUCACACAUUAUCACCUGCAUCCUCAGGUGUAUGUUCAUCGAAUGAUGCUGGAUCACAUGCAUCGUGUGAGUGGAUGUGGUGAUGUCUACACGUAUGAUCGGUGCACGAUGAUGGCUUUGGUGGAGAAAGUGAAACGGACACUGAGGAAGAGGAUGAGUAAGAAGAUUCGUGAUGAUGACGAUGGUGAUUUUGCUUCAGUGGAUGACGAGAUCAUUGAAAUGACGAUCACGUGUGCAACAAUGAAGCUGUAAUUGUGUGGUGUGGUGUAGUAUAUUGUAUUGUAGCUUAGUGUUGUGUUGAAUGUUGUGUUCACAUUCUGAUUAUUGUGUUAAUUGCAGAAUAAAAUGAUUGAAUACAAUGAUUUUCAC